CGACACGCCCCCAAAAUGCUCGCCGUAGCUUAGACCCGCAAUCAAAUUCCCAUAUUGGUUGAUCGGUGCCAUCCACGUCCCUAUAUGCGGCCCUCUUAAGAGCCGCGGCGCACCCAACCCAGGCCGGCUCAACAUGUAUCUUUUCGUACCCGCGCGGACCCACCUACCAUACCAUUCCAACGCCCGCUCCUCGUUGCUGAUGAGCCGUCAGGAAACAAGCCGCUCGCUGAUUGGCCACCGUCAUCCCGUUGCUGCAGUCCGCCCGUUGGCACUUCGACCCGCUGACAAGCAGCGCCACAUACCACUCUACGCGACCAUCACGCAUGUCAGUCAAGCCUGCAACAGUCCUGACCACCAGCGUUAUCCGCCACAGCUGCCGGUCAUACGCUUCCCGUUGCCAGCCUGUGCUGAUCCAUCCGCCUUUCAUCCAGAAUUCUACCAGAACUCUACCAGAAGCAGCCGAGAAGGGCAUGAUUCAUGCCUACCUGAUCGCUCUCCACGUCUUCCAAAACACUUCCAUGAUAUCAUCUGCCCGAUUGGAACCCCCCCGGGCAUUGGACGGCAUUACCCCAGAAACAAUUCGCUUACGUCGACCCGUAGCUCUCGAGCGUCUGCGGCGCAUGAAGAAGGCUCCCCAAUAUCUUCUUCGGUAAUGCAUAUGAUCAACUCCUCCACAAUCACCAGCGAGCUGGGAUGGUCGCCUGCAGCAGCCAAGGUCAGGACGCCAAGUUGCAUCUAUGGGAGAGGGCCUGAUGCCCACAAACUCGGCCUAUAA